AACAAUGCUGAGAGGCUGCAGCCAGGCUUGCAACUGUGUGAGGAUGUACAAUGGCACAGCAGAGCUUUGAGCUAAAUGCUAACAUCAUCAUGUUGAUCAUGUCACAGUAACAUCACUAACAUGUUUAGCAAGUAUAAUGUUCACUAAUGACAUCUCAGUUCAGCAUGUUAACAUCAGCUAAUUAACAGAGCACAAAGUACAUCUGAGGCUGAUGGGAGAUAUAUCUGUCGGGCUGGUUCUGGUUCAUAAAUCACAGUGUUUGAAAAAGAAUUAAAAAAUGGACAUGUUCAGUACAAUUAUGACAUUUUUCUCCUGUGGGGAACGUGUUUGCACCAUGUAUAACAAUCUGUCCAUGUAUGUCUGAAGGAAAUCUGUGGCAGUAACUCUGAGCCCAGGACAAUAAAGUAUAUCUGGAUCUUGACUCAAAACCACAAAUGUGAACCUCGGGUGACUGAUGAAAAGUUGUCUGGGGAUGAUGAAUGGGCCCAGUUGGUGCACCAACUAACUGGCAGACCAACCCACGCUUCGAUUGUGGUUAAAAAUGACCAUCAAAAUUUCCCGGAGCCCAAGGUGACAUCUUUAAAUUCCUUUCUUCAAUUUUCUUUUUUUUGUCUGACAAACAUUCAAAGCCACUUAACAAGCAUCAAAUCCUCACAUUUGAAAAGCCUGAACCAGACCAUGUUUGGCACUUUUAGAAAUAUAUAUUUUUAAAUGUUGCAUUAUCAGUUUCCCUGUAGUCAUAAAGACAGUGAUGCAAACCAUGGAUUCAUUUGAUCAUAACCAUUCCUGGGUCUCACAUCAGCCAUUAAGAUAGUACAUGACUAUGAAGCCAGCAGCCUUUCCACACUGUUUAUGUCAGCGCAAUUGAUGGUCAACAGCAUACACAUGGCACUUCACCCCUGUCUGCCCUUGCCCUUGACACUGACACACUCCAGCAGUAAACCACUUUUAUCCUGCUUAGUGUUUACUAGAAGCCUCCAGCCCCCACCACCCCCGAGCUGGCGGGAUGUCACCACUAACUUUAAGUGGGCAGCAUCUGUGUAUGAGGGGGGUGACAGGCAGAGGUUACUGGCUGUCAUGUCUUGAGAUGUGAGCUGUAUCACAGGCUUGUGACAGGUUAGUGGGAGGGCCAUGACCAGACGGAUACUCAUCUUCCAAAUUUUGUCACUGGAUCUAUGAGGUGUUGUGUCUUAGAAUAGCCCAACAGAGAGUAUAAAGAGACCCGCAGGGAGGCUUGGCCUUCAGAGGAACAGCUCCACUGUUGAUAUACAAGAGACACUGGACAGAAAGAGAACCACACUGAGAAGAACUGACUGAUCUUUCUGCAGGACAACAACUGACUUCUCAGAGAUUGAAGAGAAUCUGCUCUGAUUUUUAAGACUUAAAGGAGGUCGAACUCACUUGGAAACUUGGAAUUUGCCAGUUUUUCUGCAAGAACAAAGAGAAGUCUGACUCUGACUAGGAUGAAGUACUAUCAGUGCCCCGUGUCCCAGACCAUGGGAAUCAAGGCUUACACCGAGGACUGUGGUGUCCCAGUCAGCUGCAAGAGCUCCGCUUCUCUGAAGCCGAUCCGCAGCGUCCACUUCCCCAAUGACAUUGUUUUCCAGGACUAUGUGCGACACGGCGAGCUGGAGAGAAUUGGAUGUUUCAUCCGAGCCAGGAGAGUCAGCCUGGACACCAUCUACCACUCUGGCAUGGCUGCCAUUCAUGAGGCCGUCCUGUCUGGGAACCUGGAGUGUGUGAAGCUGCUGGUCCACUACGGAGCAGAUAUCCACCAGAGAGAUGAGGAGGGAUGGACCCCACUGCACAUGGCCUGCAGUGACGGUUUCCCACACAUUGCACGCUACCUCCUCUCGCUUGGUGCAGACCCUGAGCUGGAGAACGACUGCGGGGAGAAGCCGGCCGACCUCAUCGACCCGGACAUCAAGGAGCUGCUGGAGCUCUUCGGGCUGGCAGUCAAUGACUGAAAACACCUGGCUCUUAAAACCACUAACUGAUGCCCCAUCGUCCGACUGCUCUGCAGUAAUGGACAGAAAAAGGCCAUGUCAGUGCAGCGUCCUGAUCUUGUGAGCUGCCUCAGCUCAGGAGUUCAGAGACUGUGGAUGUCUGUGGGCUGACAGAGCCGGCUGGCUGCCUCCUGAUUGGAUUGACUCCUGAUUGCUGGCAGAGGAUCCCCUCUGAUCUCUGAUCUUUUAUACUGCUGUGAACUGAAUGAAUGACUUGAUUUUAAGUUGUUGAUUGUAUUUGGCAUGUCGCUGGAUCUCAGGCUUCUGAAUGUUGUGAAACUUGAAGCUGUUGUUUCUGCUCAGCUGAUUAGCACCUCUCUGACAGCAUGCCCUCCUCUGUAGGCUAAGAUUAGAAAAACCAUACAGGCUUGUGUUGUCAGCCCUAUUAACACAUUUGUUUACAGUUGAUCAAGUGUUUUUUUUUUGUCUAUUCUUGAUAAGUUCAUGUGACUCAACUGUAUUAACUUGUAGUUAUUUGAUAAUGGCUUCUUUUUAUACUUUUCUAAAUAAAUUUUAUCAGACUGAACCUA